ACAGCGCCAUUCCUGGCAGACAUUUCUACAGAGACCAUGAGAGGUACAACAAGGUCAGUCCUGAUAUGGGUGAUCCUAAUUGGGAUCAUGACAGACAGCCAAGGAGCAUCAGAAAGACCAAUAGUGACUUUCAAUCCCAACUGGGCCAAAGUAUUCACAGGAGAGUCUAUAACUAUGACGUGCUACACAAGCCUGGCCCAUCAAAAUCAAAGGUUUUCCUGGUACAAAGAUGAUGAGCAGUUACCUGUCAAUGGCCAAACGUAUACAAUAUCCUAUACCAGAACUGGACAUACUGGAAAUUACCAGUGCGGGACAACUUUUAAUGAAACUAGUGGUAUUAGUAGCCUGGAGGUUAUCUAUGGUUAUCUGAUUCUACAAGUUCCUCCUUUUGUGUAUGAAGGGGAUGAUGUCCCUAUGAGAUGUUACAGCUGGCCCGGGUAUUCAGUACGACGCACCAUGUUUUUCAAGGACAAUGCAGUCAUAAGACCACUGAAGGCAGAAACCAAUCUAAUCAUUGAUAAUGUCAAUAAAGAUGCAGCUGGGACUUACAAAUGUGUAAAGAAAUCGGAGUCCUCCUCUGACACGAGUUAUACUGAUGAAUCAUUCCUUUAUGUCAAAGGUAAACCAAUCAAAUACUGCAAACACUGGAGCUCGACUAUCUUGUCCUAUUCCUUUGUAUACCUCUUCUCAAGUCCAGAAGCAAAUCAGACUCCGUACCCCGUGACACAAGGCGAUAACCUGAUUCUGACCUGUGACACAGUUCUCAGUCCGCUCAGGCAGGAGACUCAACUGCAUUUUGCAUUCUACAAAGAUGGACAGUAUGUUCAGAGAUUCAGUUUAUCAAACCAAUAUGAAGUCCCGUCCGCUCAAAUGGAGGAUAUUGGGAAGUAUUCCUGUGAGGUGAAAGCCUCAAGCUCCACAGUAAGGAAGAUGAGUAAAGCAAUAGAUGUCCAGAUACAAGGUGAACAUUUGAUCAAUAUACCGUAUUUAUCGGCAUAUACCGCGCGAUAA